AUGUCUUACACGGUUCGUCCGAUUACUUCUUCAACCACGAACAUUUUCUUUUCUUCGCUGCUUAUUCUUUACUCAUUUCUUUCAUUUUUAUCGAUAGUUCGUCAUAUGUUUUCGUUCGCAGCAUUCUUUUACUUUUUCUCUGAAUUCUUUUUCUCGUAUUCUUCCGUAUUGUACUGCUAUCUUCUUCCUUUUUUUUAUAUUCGAUUCUUUUUCUCCUAUACCUUCUGCUAUUUGAAAUCUGCUACCAUUCUUACUUUUCUGCAUUUGCUCGUCCUCAUCCGCUAUCUCUUUUCGUUUUCUCCGCUAACUGCCCUUUAUAGUCCGCAGCAUUUUUCUUUUUCACCUCUCUUUUCUAUUUCUCGUAAUCGUCAGCCUUCUUAUUUAAUCGUCCAUAAAGUUAUUUUCCACCAUCUUCUUUCUCUUAUUACUCUCCUGUGUUCUGUUGAUAACUGUCCCUCAGUUGCCCUACGUUUCUUUAUAUUCACCUCUUUUUUUGCUCUUUCUUAUAAUUACUGUUCAUUUUUAAUAUUUCACCUUUCUUUCUUCAUCGCCAUUUGCAUCACUGUUUUCUUCUCUUCACAGUCCUCUCCUCUCUCUCUCGCUCUCUCUCUCUGUCUGUCUCUUCGUCUCUUCAUCAUCUACUUCUUAAACUAUUUCCGUCAUCUUGUUCACAUCGUUUUUCUCUUCCUUGUCAUUUUUCUUAUUUUCCCUAAUUUUACUACAAUUUUUUUAUUAUUAUUAGUUUUCUAA